AUAGCAAAAGAUUUUGCUGUUUUAGCAAAAUGUGUGCUGAAACAGCAAAAUCUUCUGCUAAAUCAGCGAAAACAAAAAUGUGUUUGCUGCAACAGCAAAACACAAGGACCUGAAGUUUGCUAUUUUAGCGAACAGGCUUUUUUGCGUGUUCGAGACGUCGAAAAACACCUGGGUUAAGGCUAUAUAGUUUAAUACUGAUUAUUAUUUUGUCUUUGUCUUUGUUACUAUGGUGAAACGUCUAGAGACAUUUCUUUCCAUUUUUUUUAUCGGUGCGUCCUUUGCGGUUGGCUGGCGACAACACUGAAACUAACUCUAUGCAACAACACGAAUGUGUACGUGUAUAAAAGUUGUAACAUUCAUAAUUUUACGUUACCGUUGUUACACAAAGUGGUGUAUGUAACAUUUGUUGCAUAAACUAAAAUCCGUGACAGCUGUUAAACUGGUAAUUAUGCUCGGGAAACAUGUAUAUUUAGUAUCAACAAAAAUAAUUUUGUUGCACAAAGGUACAAUUUUAAAACCUGUUACUGAAAGUAAGAUGUAUCAAUCUGUUACGUAAAACCAUUUGUUUAUCCAAUGUUACAAACGCACACGAUGUUACAAAGAACUUUUUGUAUUAUGUUACACAAAGUGAUUUUCAGUGAAGCUAAAACCAGUGUUGCACACUGGGUGCUACGGUGAACGCACCGGUGCGAGCGGGUUUGACCACUCCUCUAUCCGUAAGGUGCCAGGGCUGCAGUGAGUAGAAAAACCCGCCUGCAUCGAUGUGUGCUCCGAAAUCAGGUGCUGGUACACAGCAACUGGGGAAAGUGAAAAUGUUGUCACAAGAAAGGACGCGAUUUCGUGUACAUCAUUUGAAAAAGGCGAACUGUUACAGUAUUCAUGGGAGUGCACGCGAGCUUUGACAAAAUACUUCAAAACUCUUGUUAAACUUUUGUCCAAAAAGAAAAAUGUGCACAAAAUCGCGCUCGUUUUGAGACAAAAAUUCACAUUAAAAGUGUAUUGCUAUAAUUGCAAAUAUAAAAGUAGACUAACUCCACUACAUGUUAGGAUUUCAAAAUUUCCAUUGGCGCUAUCAAUUAUAGUCGUCGCAUACGCAGCCUGCAUGAUCCCACAACAAGUAUUAGAAAUUGUAGGUGAUUAUUCGUACAGAGGAUCACAUUUUGGAAAUAUACUACACAUAAACGUUAUGGUAAGCAAAGUAAAUAAUGUCGAAGACUGUUUAUGCUCUUGUUUCUCCUGAUACGGAAACUACUGUACUUCUGUGUGCAUUAAAUAUGUUCCACAGUGAUUGCCGUACCCUGUUUUUUGUACUAGUAGUUGUAUAAAAUCAAAUAUGAAGUUUUGACCAAAAAUUGUUUAUAGUUGUUAAAUAUCCAGCAAUACUAUAAUAGGGAAAGACGUUCUUUCCUUUCAUAUAAAGAAUCGUAUUUAGGCAUUAUGUCCGAAAGUGAUCAGUUAUUAGUCCCAUUUCUUUGACAGGCAGUGGUUUUGAUAGGUCAUCUAGGAAUGACCAUGGGCACAUUCCGGAAGGCUAAAUAUUUACCGCAAGUCCUACGAGACUGCAACAAUCUGCCCGGGCCCCAGCAUGAUUGCUGGGCGACAACGUUGUACAGCGCUGAGGUCUUUUUCUUAGUGGCGAUAGGCGGCACUCUACGUUACCUGUGCACACGCGUGGUAUGCUGUUUUCCUCAUACAUUUUACACGUCCUUGAAAGUAGUUGAUUCCGAAAGUAAUUGAAAGGCAUAUUUUUCUUUGAAAGAAAAACGCAGUACUAGAUAACGUGCGUGACCAUGUAGUCUCGCUACUGGUGCUUGCAAGUACUGAUCGUAUACUUUUCAUCCACCUUGUCCGCCAUAUCGGAGCGUCAUUUAAAACAAUCAACAGGCGACUUACAGUUAUUCAAGAAGGCAGGAAAUUACUCUCUUUCUGACAACCAUUUUGUAACCUCUUGGACAUGUUGGCUGUCGUACUCUUAUUGUGUUCAUAGUAGUUAUGGGGAAACGUACUAAGUGCUCUCUCUGCCCAGUGGUCUCAUCUCGCGAAAUUUCUUCGACCACAAAACACCGCUAUGUCGCGAAAAACGAUACAUCACUGCUUUGCUCUGAACUCUGCACGCUGAUGGGCGCACACGGGGACUCCCGUGACUUACUUGACAGGCUCACGCUGACACAGGAAAUGCAAUUCCUGGCCAUUCUAAUAUUAGAAUUUGUGCUGAUAGUGGUAUACUUAUAUGUAGUUUCGUUUACCGUGUUUUUCAAGGUAAAAGGUUUUUCCAAGGUACCAGUAUUCAUCUUUACUCGCUUAUAUUGAGUGUCACUACACAAGACCUUUCUUUUAUUUCAUGUGGAAGCUUACUUCAAUGACGCACAUGAUUGGCUUCGGCUUUGUUUUCAUCAAUGGGCUACUUUCCACCCAAUUGGGGGUUAUUUACGCUUGUAGAAGCACAACAAAAGAGGGAAAUAAAACAUUGAAUAUCGUGCACGACAUGAUGAAUUGUGGGAAGUUUACAAACUCCGAAACCCACCAGCUAACGUUGUUUAGUAUGCAAAUCGGACAUCAAGAAGUAGCAGUAGUUCCACAUGGCAUGUUUAAAAUGGACAUCUCUCUUUUGAAAUCACUCUUCACAACAGUCAUUAUGUAUGUUAUCAUUUUAGUACAGUUUGGUAGUACUAUUUAGACGACGGUCCUACACAAUAUAAAUCAUUGCUGGUAUGUCGUCCACUUGAAAUCGCGGUUCAGCUGCUUUCUAGCUGACUAGAAAUCGUACCAUUUUCUUUCUCAAAAUGCAAUAAUAGGAUUCUUUUCCAAUACAAUUGUAUAGUUUGGAGUUCUUAUCCUCGGAAGAGAAGACGGGAAUACCCCGUGGCCCGGAGACUCCUGCGUGGGGAGUAUAUCCAAAAUGGGGGUGGAGCCCUGUGGAGCACGAAGUAGAGCGGCAAAGGCAAAAGUGGAACCACGUGACAGCACACAGCCGAUACAUCACACAGCAAAAUAGCCAAAUUUUAAAUCUGACGCAAUCUCAAUAACCUUUACUACCAGCGGAUCGCAUUUUGCGUUUCGGCCUCAUUCAGAAUGGGGUGCAAUGGAGCGAUGCCCCUGAUUAUUGGUGAUGAACUGCAGUCACGUGCCGCAAGCCAGGGCCAGGCAUUCUUUGCCGAACCUCAUCAUCGAAACCCAAGCCACGUCAAAUGUAAAUUUAUGUUUUCGUGAAAACGUUCGUGCUAAGUAAAACCUAAGUUUCGUUUCAGCACAAUAGUGCAUGAUUUUCUACAAAGGAAUGCACAAAAAUGUUCUAACCAAGCAGAAUUGUGACCAAAAAGUUUAUUUGCUUAAAUUUGUACGAAUAAAAGAUGGAGACCUAGUCGGUGGGUAAAUCAGUAACACUCACGGUUCCU